CCCCGACCCGCUCCAAGGCGGCCCGGGCUCUGGGGCUGCGCGGCAGGCGGAGCGGCCGCGGGCUUGGGGGCUUCGCCGGGGGCCGGGCGGCCGGCGCCCCCGGCUGCUCCCGCCGCCGCCCGGACCCGCGCCCCGCCGGGGCAGCGGUGGUGAGAGCCCCGACUCCCCGGACGCCGCCCGCCGCGCCAUGGGGUUCCCGGCCGCGGGGCUCCUCUGCGCGCUGUGCUGCGGCCUCCUGGCCCCGGCCGCCCGCGCCGGCUACUCCGAGGAGCGCUGCAGCUGGAGGGGCAGCGGCCUCACCCAGGAGCCCGGCAGCGUGGGGCAGCUGGCCCUGGCCUGUGCGGAGGGCGCGGUUGAGUGGCUGUACCCGGCUGGGGCGCUGCGCCUGACCCUGGGCGGCCCCGAUCCCAGAGCGCGGCCCGGCAUCGCCUGUCUGCGGCCGGUGCGGCCCUUCGCGGGCGCCCAGGUCUUCGCGGAGCACGCAGGGGGAGCCCUGGAGCUGCUGCUGGCCGAGGGCCCGGGCCCGGCCGGGGGCCGCUGCGUGCGCUGGGGUCCCCGCGAGCGCCGGGCCCUCUUCCUGCAGGCCACGCCGCACCGGGACAUCAGCCGCCGCGUGGCCGCCUUCCGCUUUGAGCUGCGCGAGGACGGGCGCCCCGAGCUGCCCCCGCAGGCCCACGGUCUCGGCGUAGACGGUGCCUGCAGGCCCUGCAGCGACGCUGAGCUGCUCCUGGCCGCAUGCACCAGCGACUUUGUAAUUCAUGGGAUCAUCCAUGGGGUCGCCCAUGAUGUGGAGCUGCAGGAGUCUGUCAUCACCGUGGUGGCCGCCCGUGUCCUCCGCCAGACACCGCCGCUGUUCCGGGCGGGGGGAUCCGGGGACCAGGGGCUGACCUCCAUUCGUACCCCCCUGCACUGUGGCGUCCGCCCGGGCCCAGGCACCUUCCUCUUCAUGGGCUGGAGCCGCUUUGGGGAGGCCUGGCUGGGCUGUGCCCCACGAUUCCAGGAGUUCCGCCGUGCCUACGAGGCUGCCCGUGCUGCCCACCUCCACCCCUGUGAGGUGGCGCUGCACUGAGGGGCCGGGUGCUGGGGAGGGGCUGGUAGGAGGGAGGGUGGGGGGCCCACUGCUUUGGAGGUGAUGGGGACUAUCAAUAAGAACUUUGUUCACACAAGCUGCUGUGGACCUGGUCUCCUGUGUCCAGCCCAGCCUUGGGCCUGCCUUGCAGCUGUGAGGAUGGCUCCAAUUCCUGCCUCCCAGUGGGAGAGUGAGGCUCAGGGGAAUGGUAUCUUGUUCAAGACCAUUUGGCAACUGAGAGGGAGAGCAGAUGUCAGGAGGAGCUACACCCACAUUCCAGGGAGGGGCCGCUGCUGGGUGGGGGGCACAUGGGGACCUGCCCUCAUGCAAGCUUCUGCUCUGCUGCGUCCACCAGCCCCGUCCUCGCCCACACCCUUGCCCGCUUCCCUGGCUGGCUCCCACUUGCCUCCUGUGCCAGGUGCUUCUGGGGCUCAGCAGGAGAGGAAAGGGGCAGAGGAGCAUAGGGUCCCUCGGGUACGGUGGGGGCAGGCGGGCGCACAGCGCUCUGGCUCUGAGCCAGGCCUGUGAGGGAAGGGGCUGCAGGCUGGCAGGGUGCCGACUUCCCCCAUGGCCGCUGUGAGCCCGCAGAGUCAUCCUUGGCCCCGUCCCGCCCUUGGGGAAGAAUGGGCCCCUCUGUCCUCAGGCCCCUUCGACGUGCUGAGCAUCCAGAUGUGGCGAGGAGCCCGGAGGGUGUGGGGUCCCCUCUGCAGGGUCCUGCUUGUGCCCAUUUCCGGCGGGCGGGGUGCACAAUGGGGUCUCUAAGGACCGUUUCCCGCCACUGGCCCCAUUGUCACUGUCUCCGCCUUCCUCCUUGGCCUUUCAGCUGCAUAAAGGGCCAGUGAGGUUUGGGACAGCCACAGCCCAAGGCCCCGAGGCUAAAAGCCCCUGGAUGGGGGUGUUCCGGGACCCCUGGCCCUGUGCGAGCUGCCUCCUCUCACCCUAGCCCCUCGGAUCCUGGGAAAGAGACAGCCACAUCUCAAGGGCCAGGGAUCCCUGGGCUGAGCCCCCAGAAAUGGCUUUCCAUUCUCGCCUGGGCCAGGGGUGGGGGUGGAGGCCAGAGGCCCUGCCCAGGCAGACGAAGUCCCCAGCUUUCAAGGGGGAAACUGAGGCUGUGUGAGGGACACAGCUGUGCAUGGCCCACAAACACGGUCCUUUCUCCAGGUUAGCAGAUGCAGAUGACUGAUGAGUGCCAUGCUCUCUGUGGACACCUGGGGGGUCACCUCCAGCGCCGCCCUGGGACGUCCACAGGGCAGGUUGUCUGAAAGCUGCACGUGCAAGGGGCUUACCCUUUCACACAGAUGACCUGCCUGCCGAAGGGCUGAUGAGGAUAGGUGAGGAGCGCAGCUGCUGGGCGUCAUGCACUGUGGGGGUUCUCCCACCUUCUGCCCCUCCUCAGGUUCCCUGCUGCUUCUCUCCUCUCCCCAGACUCCUAACUGUGGCAUGCUGAGGGCUCAGGCACAGGACCGCUCCUCUGGGGCCCACCGCCUCACAUCCAUCUGCCCCCAGCUCAAACACUUCCGCAAAGACUAGAGGAGGAGGUAGCCCGUGUGCCCUCUGCACCACCUCCUCCACUUCUGUCUUGGAUAGGCUUUCCCAUGGGCCGAGCAACCCCCUCACCUUUGGCACCUGCCCUGAUUCUCUGGCCAGCUUCCUACAACCUCUCCUCUUCAGCCACACCCAAGUCCACCUGUUCACAAACACCCUGGGCUGGGCCCUGGCCGAACCCUGGCUUCUACCCACCUGUCUCAGAAGUGCCUGAGCCUUGCACCUACAGACCCUCCCAGAGAAAGCCCUGGCUUUGCAACCACCUGUCUUCUCAUGAGACACAGGCAGACGCAGGGCCACAGGAGUGCCACGGUGCCUGAAUGGGUCUUGGAGCAUUAGACCAGGGGCUUCAUGCCUGCCCUGGGGAUGGGUGGCCAAAGUGGCAUGGGAGAUAGGGAGACGGUGUGGGUGAACACGUGGGCAGGAGCUACAGGAGCCUGGGGCCUGUGGAUCACAGACACCUCCAGGCAAGUGCCAGUUCACACAGGUACAGGUGGCUGCAGAGUGCCCGAAGGCCAAGAAGCAGAGUGCCUGGUGUGGACGCGAGAAGAGUGGGGAGGCCGGGCGCGGUGGCUCAUGCCUGUAAUCCCAGCACUUUGGGAGGCUGAGGCGGGUGGAUGACGAAGUCAGGAGAUGGAGACCAUCCUGGCCAACAUGGUGAAACCGUCUCUAAUAAAACACAAAAAAUUA